AUGAGUAUGUUCGAUUUAUCUCAUUUGGGAGCAGAGUUGAAUGCCGCUAGACGAACAAGGCAUCCGCAAUCACCUUCACAUUCACAUUCACCUUCACCUUCCCUUCCUCCUGGUCCAUCCACGAGCAACAGGGUUAUCCCAGUCCUUGAUCACGAUGACCAGCGACCAUUACCUGAACUGUCCACUUCCAUCUCAUCAACUUCUUCAUCCAUCAAUACGGAUCCGGAUAUAGAGAUAGAUGACGUUCACAACAAUCCUCGAAUAGAUCUAAAAUCGGGAAACGGAAAUGACAAGGAAGAACUGGAAAAACCAUAUCCACUUUGCUUAUUGUGUCUUGCUCGACCACCUUCAGCAGUUCUCUUACCAUGUUGUCAUCUGAAUCUAUGUUAUUUAUGUGCACCACUUCUCAUUCAUCGUUCUACAAGUCUCUCGACACCUUCUACACAGUCAUCGAGCUCACCAAUACCCAUAACUGAAAGGACAUCGAUAUCAGAUGAAUGUACGAAUACUCCGUUCAACGUGAGAUUGAUGAGAGCUACAGCGAAUCAUCCUAAAUCUCGAAUAUUAGCUAUGGGCGGAUACAGACCUCCUGAGGAAGGUAAAGUGAAUGGAGAAGUAAGAGGAACCGAUUUAACUUCAUUUCCUGAUGGACCAGAUCCCAAUCUGCAAGAAAACAUGGGAAUGAUAAUAGAUCUUGAUUGUUCAGAUAACCGAGAAGAUCAUGGAAGAAUCAGAUUGGGUGGAAUGCAAUCAAAAGAAAGCGGGGCGAAAUGUUUGGUUUGUAGAGAAGGCGUUAAAGGUUGGUUGAGGGUUUAUACGGGAUAA